AUGCCCCACCGCAGCCUCAAAAUCUCAGCUACAACUUGCCCUGACGGCAUGACGAGACUCCCAAGCACCCAAGGUAUACAGUAAACAAACAACGCUAGAUGAACACCACGCGUUGCUCUUGAACGCCACCUACGGGCUCACGCCAUGGCUGCUUAUAAACCGCCAGACCGGAACCGAACCAUUCCCUUCUUGCCAUCUCCGACCAAGCAAUGAAGCCGGAAAGCGUGGCGCGGCGACCGCGCUUCUUCCGCCGGUUACUCGCGCGCUCGACCCUGCAAAAGCUCGCUCUCAUGUUCCUCAUCUGGACAAUCCUCGAGUCAGGACUCAUCCACUACCGCAUCGCACGCGCCGAACUAGAAUCCAAGGCGCAAGCUGUCCUGCACAAACCGACACGGGUGUACAUCGCGAGUCUGCACUGGAACAACGAAAAGAUCCUCCGGUCCGCAUGGAACCAGGCUGUGCUGGACCUGGUCAAGACCCUCGGGCCCGACAACGUCUUCGUCGGUAUUUACGAGAGCGGCAGCUGGGAUAACACCAAGGGCGCCCUGUUGGAGCUAGACCAGGAGCUUCAGAAAGCAGGCGCGGGGAGAAAGAUCAUCCUGAAGGAUGAGACACAUGCAGAUCUGAUCGCGGGGCCUCCAGGUGAGGAGGGAUGGAUUGCGGUACCAGGAGGGAAAUUGGAACCUCGGAGGAUACCAUACCUCUCCCGGUUACGGAACCUCUCGCUGCAGCCACUGCUGGAGCUCGCCGAGAACGGAACGACAUUCGAUCACGUCCUCUUCCUGGGAGAUGUCAUGUUUACAGUCUCGGACAUCAUCACCCUGCUGCAAACCAACGACGGCCACUAUGCGGCCGCCUGCUCGCUCGACUUCAGCAAGCCGCCGCUCUUCUACGACACCUUCGCCCUUCGCGACGCGCGCGGCCACGAGCACGCCUCACAGACAUGGCCCUACUUCCGAGCCCACGAAUCCAGACAAGCAAUGCUCCACGGCCAACCAGCUCCAGUAACCAGCUGCUGGAACGGUAUAGUCGCCAUGCCCAGCUCAACCUUCACAGGCACCAACGGCCUCAGAUUCCGCGGCAUCCCGGACUCGCUCGCCGCCCUCCAUCUCGAAGGGUCCGAGUGCUGUCUCAUCCACGCGGACAACCCGGCCUCCCGCGCGCGGGGCGUGUUUGUCAACCCGACCGUGCGGGUGGGCUACAAGCGCGAGGCGUACGACGCCGUGCAUCCCAAUAAUGGGGACCGGAGCGGCGGAAGCUGGCUGUCUAUCAGCGAGAUCUACUUUGGCUUGUGGAGGAAUCGGUUUGACAGGUGGUUCACUACGCCGUGGUUCAAGGAGAGGAGGGUAAAGGGGAGGAUAGAGCGGUGGAAGAAGGAAGAGGAGGGAAGGGACGAGAAGGGAGGGUUCUGCGUGGUGGAUGAGACGCAGGUCAUUGUGUAUAAUGGGUGGAAGCAUGUCUAGCCUUCUUGGGGAGUAAGGUUUUGUUUUGGGCAUGGUAGAGGAUGGCGUUUUGGUGUAUACAGCUUGGGCAUAGGGUUUGAUAUAUCUCAGAAUAAGGAAUCCCGCCGUUGGAUCAUGCAAUGUUGAAUACGCAAGGCACCUAGGUACCUAUUUCAUCGAUUUUCACAAGCGUCAAAUGU